GAGCCGCGGCGCGUUGGGGCUGCGCUGGGACGUAGGAUGCUCUGGGCAACCCUGUGACUUCAUCCCAGCUUGAGAGGAGACCAUGGAUGGUGGCAAGCGGUUACAGGUCACCCUUGUUUUCAGCCUCCCUCUAAUUUUUCAGUUCUGCACCGGGAACAACGUCACCGAUUACUAUGACUCCAACAGCACCAUCGACUACAACCUGUUCGAGACCCUGUGCGAGAAGGAGGAAGUCCGUAACUUCCGUGCUGCCUUCCUCCCUGCCAUGUACUCCCUCAUCUGCUUCACGGGGCUGCUGGGCAACGGGCUGGUGAUGCUCACCUACAUCUACUUCAAGAGGCUGAAGACCAUGACGGACAUCUAUUUGCUGAACCUGGCUCUGGCAGACAUCCUCUUCCUGCUGACCCUCCCCUUCUGGGCCACAAGCGCAGCCAUGCACUGGCUUUUUGGGGAGCCUGCCUGCAAAGCUGUCUACUGCAUCUGCAAAAUGAGCUUCUUCAGCGGGAUGCUGCUCCUCCUGUCCAUCAGCAUCGACAGGUACUUUGCCAUCGUUCAGGCUGCCUCAGCCCACCGCUUCCGUCCCCGGAUGAUAUUCAUUAGCAAGGUCACAUGCGUCCUCAUUUGGGUCCUGGCCUUCAUCCUCUCCAUCCCCGAGCUGGUUCACAGCGGUGUCAAUAACUCAGGGGACCAUCCCCGUUGUUCAAUCAUCGCUAACGACUUGCAGACCUUCAACACCGGCAUCAAAGUGUCCCAAAUGGUUUUUGGCUUCUUAUUUCCUCUACUGGUCAUGUCUGUCUGCUACCUCAUCAUCAUCAAAACAUUACUCCAGGCCCGCAACUUUGAGAAGAAUAAAGCCAUCAAGGUCAUCAUCGCCGUGGUAAUUGUCUUCGUUGUCUUUCAGCUGCCCUACAACAGCGUCAUGUUGGCCAAGACCAUCUCAGCCUUCAACCACACCAGCUCCUGUGAGGAGAGCAAGAAGCUUGACGUGGCAGAUGAUGUGACCUACACCCUGGCCUGCUUCCGAUGCUGCCUCAAUCCUUUCCUCUACGCCUUCAUCGGCGUCAAAUUCCGCAACGACCUCUUCAAGCUCCUGAAGGAGCUGGGCUGCCUGAGCCAGGAGCGCCUCUGGCAGUUGUCCACCUGCCGCGAGAGCAAGAGGUUCUCCUUCGCCAUGGAGACUGAGACCACCACCACCUUCUCCCCAUGAGCCCAGCUCCAGGCAGGCUUUGACCAAGCUGGAGUGGUUUUGUACACUUUCUCUCUUCUGAACUGCUGGCAGAGUGAGACCUGCCACCACUAUAGGGAAGGAGCUGUAAGAGACAAAAAUAAGAGCCUUCCCGUAUUUCAGGCAAGGAGCACUGCUAACCAAUUCUCCCAUGGAUGGAGAAACUUCCAUAAAGCUGUGACUAAAGCAAAGCAAGGGAGAAGGAGACUGGUGAGUCUAGAAUUUAUCAUGUUCAUUUCACCUUUAUUUUAGUCUUUCCUAGUCAAAAUGAGAAACGCUCAAAAUUGAACGUUUUCCCUAAAAGCAACAAAUACUGAACUUCCAAGAGCAUCGUCCUUGCUUUGAAUGUUGCUUUCAACCAGAUGACCUACUGCUCUUCUACACCUGCAGUAACAAUGCCCCUUGCACUGGUUCAGUCUUCAGGACAGAAGAGCCCCAGCAGCCUCAAGCUUCAUCUAAAACACAACAUAAGCUGUGAACUAUCCUGGCACACAACUCUCUGCUCUGCCUUCCCCCACAAAGCGAGACAUUUCCAUAACUAAUACUAACUCUAUACAUAUAAAUAAUUUCAAAAACUUUGUAAAUUAUGGUGGCAACUCAUACGUUUGUCAGGAAAAGUACAUAUUCCACUUCAUUUCUGCCUGUAUCUGGUGUUUCACCUAUAAAGAAGGUGCAUCCUAAGGAGCACAGGUUGUUCCAUCCCAACGUUGCCUUGAAUUCUUUAGAAAUGCUGCUGCACUCCAGAAAGAAAGUCUCCUUCAGCUUCUGAGAAGGCACCCGCCUGCAGGAGGCUGAUGCAGGGGUGGCUCCCAUGGUUUAGAGUCAAACUUCUUGCACAAAGACAAAUGAGUUCCAAAACCCCAAUGUCUUUCCAAUCACCCAGCCUGCAAACUUGGACUAAGAAACAGGCACUUCAGCACCAAUCCAGGUGCUUAAAAUACAUUUCUACCACCCAGCCAUCCAGCCUGUCCCAACAUCACCCUUACUCCCACGUGCAAAGGGACUCUUUACUCGCUUGAUAUAAAGCACGUGUGCCAGAAUCCUCAGGAUUUUAAAGAUUCAAGCCCAGGGCAAAUCCAUUUCUUACGACGAGACACUGCAAUUCAGGAUAGAGCCGUGCCCACGGUCCAACCACUGCCAGCAUCUGGAGCUUCCUUGUUCCUGGCUUUAUUGGCCGCUGCGGACACGGGCUGCUGACUUUCACACACGUGUGGGGGCCCUCUGCGCAACUGCUUGCUGACCUCAAGAGAUAAAACACCCAUGUGGGUUUUCUUCUCCCUUCCCAACCAGCGUGCCUUUCUAGAAGGCCUUCAGCAGCUGGCUUUCAAGUCAGAUACUUAUUUCACUUAUAAGCUAUUGAAAAUGUGGUUUGCGUUCAUACUGUCAGUGCUAAUAAAGAUGCCGUUCACUGUGGUUUGAUGUGAAUGCACAGGACAGUCACGUGUCGAAGAUACUGCCAGGGUCACGUACUUGAAAGGAAUGUGACAGCUGAACACAGAUUAUUGUCAUGUAAACUAAGACCUUGAAAAGCAGCCCAGACUGUAGUGCCAGUCGGUGCAUUUACCAGAAGAGCAAAGAUUCCUACCGACAGAUGAAUCCCCUGGGAAGUGCUGUCACUGACAUCUGAGUGUCAGCUGGGGAGGAGCUGCUGCAACUGUUUGUGCAUCUGUUAUUGACCAGGGUGCUCCCUGCUCUCACCCCUGAAGUGCAGAGCCCUCUCCAGAGACCAGCACCAGCAGAGAAAGGUCUUGGCCAGGAAGCGCUCUGGGUGCUGGGCAGGAGCAGGAUAACUCAGCGGGGACAUGGCACCUCACCCUCCAGAGAGCACCUCGGUGGAGACUGUCAGGCAUGUUCCCAGGAGCACACAGAGCAAAACAUGCUUCCUAAAAAGAUAUUUAUACUUUUUUUCCAGUCCCACACAUGGAUCCAUUAGAGUGAUACAGGGAACUCUCCGGAUCAUAGGUCGAAAAACAUUGCUUUAGAGACGCGAGAAUUAAAAUCAACCUUCCGAGGGAAGAAUUCAAUGAGCUGGUUUUGAGACCCUGUUCCCAGCAAUAUAGCUGCCUGCCAUCACAAUUAAAUACAUUCUUCUUCACAAGGCAUUUGGCUCUGGGCUAUGGGAUUUUGCCAAGAGCUGGGAUUCAGGAAGAAAGCUCAUUCUGCUCCACGUGACCCCUCUGUGCAGAAGGACAAUCCCACCCAGCUGUUUCACACAUUUUCUUUCAUAAUGCCCAUGUAAUGUGUACAGAAGUGCUGCUUCUCUGUCACUGGAAAUGGGAGGUUACAACUGACACCAAAGAGUCACUUGUUCUUGGUUUGUCCCUAUUGUCCUUCCUCAGGCAAAACACUUGGGGAACAGGAACUCUGCCAGAGCAAGGAGUGCCCACACCACAGGGUCCUUCUAGUUUCCUUCAACAGUAACAAUAUAUUCUUAAUGUCUGUUCAUCUACGUAAAGCUGCUUUACACAGAAAAGAGUUAAAUACAUACAUGAAUGUACCCUGAAAAUACACUGCUUUAACUCAUUCUCUUUAUGCAAAAUACAUUCACCUAACUUAUUCUAGAAGAAUUGCUUCACUGACACAUGUGGUUGUCCUUGUCUCCUGGGUGAUAAAAGCCAUGCCGCUUCUACAAACUGGGAAGUCCUCAGGUCCCUAUUCACUAGACCUAUUGUAAAUAGGAAAACGUGCAGCUGCUUCUACACAAAUGAGAUACUAAAAGCAUCACCUGGGACAGCUGCAUCUGGUACCUCCUCAACGAGACAGCGGUGACUUCAGAGUGCACAGUUUCUUUAUUUUCUUUUAAUUUAAUGGGCAGAACGAAUUUGCCACUUAUUCAGAUGAAUCAUGUCAACAUUGGCCUAAGAUCUUAAGUUGAGGUUCCCACUGAAGUCUGAAAACUGACUGUAUUUUGCUA